ACCGCGCGGUGAGCGCGUAUUGGAGCGCACGCGCAUUGCGUUCUUAAUUCGAACUUCGGUGUGGAUUUUUUUUUGUUUUUGUUUUUUCCUCGAAACAUUGACAAAAGGUCCUAAUGAGGUGACAUUAGUGACGCCAUUCGUGAUUUUUGAAAAGCAUAAAUAAAAAAGUUUAAAAUGUUGCAAAAUAGUAUACUAUUCGUUAGUGUUCUACUGAUGUGUUGGGUGGGUGAAACGAAGACGGUCGCCAGCUACAACCAGCCACCUGCAAUCGGAAAAACAGAAUGCUCAACGUGUGGUGACGACGAACUUGGCAUUACACGAUGGACAAUGCCUUUGCUAAAAAGCGGGGAAAAACGAUAUUAUUUAGGAAUAUUCUUCAAGGCUAAUUGGUUCAAAGCCCAGCAAUACUGCAGAUUCCAUGGGAUGCACCUCGCUUCGAUAUCAUCGCAACAGGAAAACGAUAAACUGGAGCAAUACGUUAAGGACUCAGGUUACGGUCGCGAACAUUUCUGGACAUCGGGCACUGAUUUAGCUGAAGAAGGAAAUUUCUUUUGGAUGGCGAACGGCAGGCCGCUUACCUUUGUCAAUUGGAACGCCGGAGAGCCGAACAACUUCAGAUACGAAAAUGGCGAAGAAGAGAACUGCUUGGAACUGUGGAACAGAGACGAUAAAGGCCUCAAAUGGAACGAUUCGCCUUGUUCGUUCGAAACGUACUUCAUUUGCGAAGUCCGAUCGGAUUGAUGAACGAUUUAAAUAUAUUAUGUAAAUUCGUAACAUCAAAGAUAACAGCUAGCUAGUAUACGUGAUUCAAUGGCAGAAUAAGUACAUUAGAUUGCUCCCCAAAUCUUAUAUAUAUAUAUAUAUAAAUGAAUUGCUGUUCGUUAGUCUCGCUAAAACUCGAGAAUGGCUGGACCGAUUUGGCUAAUUUUGGUCUUGAA